AGGGAAUCCCGGGUGAUGUCACUUAUAUUUGGUAUGUACCGGCCACAGUCGGCUGCCACGAUGCAGGAGACAGAAUUGAUCAACAAGUCAAGGCGCCAAGUCGUGAUGGCGAAGGAACCGCUGGAGAAACUGCGACACCUCUGCCUGUCUAGGGGCGCCACUGGGAUCCUUGGGCUUGGCCGGUUCUUCAGGAACAUUGACGAUGACGGGAGCAAGGCGCUGAAUUUGGAAGAGUUCACAGAAGGGAUGAAGGAGGCUGGCAUGGAACUCACGGACGAGGAGAUCCGGGAACUCUUUACCCGUUUCGACACGGAUCAGAGUGGCAGCAUAAACAUGGAAGAGUUUUUGGUCGCAAUUAGGCCACCGAUGUCUGCAUCUCGUCUCAAAGUGAUCGGCGAGGCUUUCAAGAAGAUGGACAACUCAGGGGAUGGUGUGAUUCUGCUGGACGACCUCAGAGGGGUGUACUCUGUGAAGCACCACCCCCGCUACAUCAGCGGUGAGGAGUCGGAGGAAGAGAUCCUUAACAAGUUCCUUAGCAACUUCGAGAAAGGUGGCACCGCCGGGGAUGGCAAGGUGACAGAGGAGGAGUUCACGAACUACUAUGCCGGUUUGAGUGCCAGUAUCGACGAUGACGGGUACUUCGAUCUCAUGAUCCGCCAUGCGUUUAAUCUAUAAGUGUAAUAUAGCACAGUAUUUUCAGUUUCAAAAACAGAAACAUGCCUCAAUAGAACAGAUUCAUUUUAAGAGGUCUGAAUGAUUCAUUAAAGCCUUGUGACAAAGGUUGAUACUUUAUGUGUACGAGUAUAGUAUUGUCACGUGUGUAUGGAUGUGAUUAUAGACGGGGUUUGGAUUAA